AUGGGGAGCCCGGCGGGCGCUCCUGCCAAGCGCGCGCGGAGCGACGGAUCCCCCGACCCCCGGCCGUGGGACACCGACCACGGGAACCCCCGGCCGUGGGACAGCGACCGCGGGGACCUCCGGGACACCGACCACGGGAACCCCCGGCCGUGGGACAGCGACCGCGGGGACCUCCGGGACACCGACCACGGGAACCCCCGGCCGUGGGACAGCGACCACGGGGACCCCCGGCUCUGGGACACCGAGCGGCUCUGCCAGCACCUCGCCCGCUGCGGCGUGGGCAACCCCGGCCUGCUGCGCCGCUUCCGAGAGAGCGGAGUCACUGGGAGGAUGCUGCUGGAGCUGCCGGCCUGCGCCCCCGAGGUCACCCGCGUCUGCUGCCCAACUGAGCGCCUGGAAGUGCUAGCCUGCCUGAAGCAGCUGCCUCAGCAGCACAUGGACGUGAUGAAGGUUUUUAACGAUCCUAUUCAUGGGCACAUUGAAAUACAUCCCCUGCUUGUUCGGAUCAUUGACACUCCUCAGUUCCAGCGCCUCCGGUACAUCAAGCAGCUGGGUGGCACUUACUUUGUUUUUCCAGGAGCCUCUCACAACCGCUUUGAACACUCCAUUGGGGUUGGUUACCUAGCAGGAUGUCUGGUUCGUACACUGAAGGAGAGACAACCAGAACUGGAUAUAACCCAGCGAGAUAUCCUCUGUGUAGAAAUUGCUGGGCUUUGUCACGAUUUGGGUCAUGGGCCAUUUUCACACAUGUUUGAUGGAAGAUUUAUUCCAAUGACUCGUCCAGAUUUGAAGUGGAAGCAUGAAACUGCUUCUGUUAAAAUGUUUGAGCACCUGAUAACUUCCAAUAAACUAGAAGAAGUCAUGAAGUCAUAUGGUCUUGUCCUGGAAGAAGAUAUGUUGUUUAUCAAGGAACAAAUAGGAGGGCCUAUAGAUGAAACUGCUUGUGAGAAAUCGUGGCCCUACCGUGGUCGACCAAAGGAGAAAAGUUUCCUCUAUGAGAUAGUAGCUAACAAAAAGAAUGGCAUUGAUGUUGACAAGUGGGAUUAUUUUGCAAGGGAUUGCCAUCACCUGGGAAUCCCGAAUAAUUUUGAUUAUAAGCGAUUGCUUGUCUUCACUCGGGUCUGUGAAGUAAAAAACCAGAAGCAUAUCUGUACCCGUGACAAGGAAGUUGGAAAUUUGUACGAAAUGUUCCACACCCGGAAUUGCCUGCACCGGAGAGCGUACCAGCAUAAGACUGGCAACAUCAUUGAACUAAUGAUUACAGAAGCCUUUCAAAAAGCAGACAAAUAUUUUGAAAUAAGAGGCUCUGGAGGAAAAAUGUAUCAGAUUUCUACAGCAAUGGAGGACAUGGAAGCCUACACUAAGCUAACUGACAGUAUCUACCUGGAAAUUCUGCACUCAAGUCAUCCAGAACUGGAGGAGGCACGAGAAAUUUUGCGUAAAAUAGAACGACGUGAAUUAUACAAGUUUUUAGGAGAGACUCGACCUGAAACAAAGAAGGAAAUUGUAGAGAAUAAUGGCCUGGCAGAAAGUAUUGCAAAUUCUAAGCCAGAGAAGGAUCCUCCAGAUGUGGAGCUAAAGGCUGAGAAUUUCAUAGUUGAUGUUAUCAACAUGGAUUAUGGAAUGAAAGAACAGAAUCCCAUUGAUAAGGUUCACUUCUAUUGCAAGGCUGAUCCUUCCAAGGCAGUCAAUAUCAGUAAAGAACAGGUUUCCAAGUUUUUACCCAUAACAUUUACGGAGCAGGUUAUCCGGGUUUAUUACAAAAGUCAGGAUCCACAUAUUAUUUCAGCUGCAAAACAGUACUUUAUUCAGUGGUGUAUGCAGAAUGAUUUCACCAAACCACAGGAUGGUGAUGUUGUUGCCCCACAUCUAACUCCAAUGAAGAAAACCUGGAAUAAUGUGAGAGAUGAUGAACACAGGAGAGCCUCAGAACCCAGCUGCAAACAAAGGCUUCCUUUUAAUGAGUAACAUGUUUCUUUUUGGCACUCUUCAGUCUACUUCCUCAGAAGAUGAGCAAACCUGAGUAGCAACUCUUCUAAAAGCCAUUUGGAUGGACUGGAAGGAUUCAUGGAACAAUGCAGAAAUGCAUUUUACAAUACAGUAUGUUUUAAUGUACAUACUUAAACAAAGUGCAUAUUACAAAUAGACUUUUAAAAACCAACUUAUUACAACUGAGUAAACUCAAUUCUCAUUUAUUUUUGAAUGUAUUGGCACUGUGUAGGAAGAGUAACUUUAAAAAUUGCAAUUCAUUGUUACCACAAGAUUUUACUGUUCCGUCUAGUCCUGAUCCCUUCUUUAGCUGACUGUGCUAUUGCAUGAACUAGCAGAAAAAGUCCCAGCUCAGAUUUGAUGGGUUUUUUUGGGGGAUUGGGGUUUUUUUGGAACCUGGGGAAGAGAGGGAUAAGUAAGCUUCUGAAAACAUAGUGAGGUAAAGAAGAAAUAACCAAGGAUGGCAUCUUAAAGAACAGCAAAACAAAUUUCCUUUCAAAAAAAAAGACGGGAGAGGGAAUGUUUUUUGAUAAUCAAAGAUUAUUUUUCUGACAUUCAAAAAGCUGAUGGAGAUGCAGGCCAUUUGCUAUAAGAGUGACCACAGUUUUUAUUGAAGUAACAAUGCAUUGCAGUGCCAUGCAGUCUUUUAUAGUUUUAUUGUGUAUUUUUGAUACACUGAAUGUUAUAUUUUUACUGUCGGAACUGCAAAACCUGCUCAAAACGUCCAUGGUGUGAGGGGUUGCAGGAGUGCUGAGCUGUCCAGGUGAGCACGGGUGGGCAGUGCCAGCCAGAGGCUGCUCCAGCUCUGCCAUCCUGCACCAAGGACACCUUGUUUGGGAUUACACUGUACUAGGCAGACAGGCUCUUCAGGAAUCCCUCCAUUCCUGUGUCCCUGCCUUGUUCUCCUGAAUGGCUGUCCCUGUGUCAUCUUUCCCCCCUUGUAGGUCUUUGAGGGUUCUGACAGUUUUUCUGUACUGGCAUCACUGGUGUGAAUGUUGCUGAAUGUCUGUCCUGUUGAACAAGUGACCGAGGAAGACCUUUUUCCUCUCAUUUUUUACUCAGGUCUAAAGGAAGGCUGCUUUCAUUAAAUGAAACGUAAAAGCUCAAAAAAGUCUGCCCUCAAAACUAAAAACAUGAAGAAAGGUUCAGUAAUGCUCAGAAAUUAGAACAAGCUGUGGAGUUGUUGUCUGGAAUGGGGAGAAAAGCGUUGAGUGUUCAGUUUGGGCAGUCAGAGGUGGGUGGCCAGGGUAGGUUCUGAAAACUAACCCAGUGGGAAGGUGCUAUGAGUGACCUGCAGAACUCUAGUCAUGUCUCCUUUGCCCUUUUUAUCUGGGGAACUGAUGCCAUUAGGCAGAGGGAAGUAGAAUCAGCAUCCAUGUACUUACUCAGAUUUUGUUUGUUGAAAUAACCAGAAGUUGUUGUGCACUCUGCUGCUUUCUUACGUGCCUGUGCUCAUGUGCAUGAUCUGCUGUUCCUGUCUCUAACAGUAUUUCAGAUCUGCAGGUGAACAAGGGCUUGUGGCCUCUUUAAAGGCUUUUAAAGAUCUUAUUAUGCUUCAAACAACAAUAUCAUAGAGUGAAGGCAUUUAUUCCCUUUGUCUGCAUAAAAUCAAAUAUUGUCCAGAAUAAUAUAAUUUUGUUAUUGUUGCUUGGGUUUGUUUUGAAUCUGUUUCAAAAGGUGCACUUUAUACUUGGGAAAUAUCUUUUGUUUAUGUUAAACCUAAUGUUAAGUUCUGAGAGCUUUUCUUUUCCCAGCAUGUUCAACUGAGCCUCUCUGAAGAAUAAAUUUAUAAACGAUGGUUUUACUAUUCUUUUAAA